AUAGGUAGGUAUAGGCUAGUUAUUUCACAUUUCAUCUCAGUUCUUUCUACAAACUCAACCAGGUCAUACGGUCUUAAGCCUUGUUUAAGCAGUGACGAUUCUUUAAACUUUUAAGAGGAACUCCUUGACUACAAAACAAAAUGCAGCGUUUCGGGAGAACGUUUGAGAGCGAAAAGCAUCAAUUGCAGGAGCUCAACGACAGACUUUCUCAAUACUUGUGCAGAACCAAACAACUGGAGGAUGAAAACUCAUGCCUCAUCACAGAAAUAAAUACACUUCGGCAGGCGAGGACUGCGGGUCUGGAAAAAGGCUACAUGAGCGAGAUGCGCGAAUUGAGGAGAAUGGUGGGGCAGCUGUCCUUUGAGAAGUCCCAGGCUGAGAUGGAGCGGGAGAGGCUAUGGCGGGAGGUCCAGACGGUGCAGUCUCUGCGCCGGGAGGAGACUGAGGUGUGCCAGGACAUAGGGGGUGCCUUAAAGGGCUGCGAGAAAGAGCUUCGACACGGCAACGAAUCCCACGUUGCCCUCGACCAGCGUUUAUUUCAACUGGAGAACGAAUAUGAACAUUUGGAGGAAAAACACAGACAAGAAACUGCACACCUCCGCCGCCAGCUGGAUUCACGGGUGGUCCCCAUCAUGACCCGGUAUCAUCAAGAAGGUGGACCGGUGGUCUCUCCGGAAGAGGUGCAACAGUUCGCUCGUAGUGUGUCGGAAGGAUGGAUGGACACUUUUGAAAUGUAUCAACACCAAGUAGAAGAAAUUGAGCAAUCAAUUCAAUCAGACAGGGCGAUGCUCGACGAUCUCCAAAAGGAGAAGAUGCUUUACGCAGCAGAUUUUGACAAAUUACGCAUAGAAGCGCACAAGCAAAGUCAAAUUCAAGUCCAUCUUGAAGAACAACUUGGGCACAUGCAGGACAGAUUCCGGAUGGAAUUGAGCGACUACCAGAGCACCAUUGAGGAGCUGGAGCACGAACGCAACAUGCUGGCCGACAGCAUGGAGGCAAAGCUGUGGGACCAUCAGCAGCUGCUGCGGGUCAAGAUGGACCUGGGCAUGGAGGUGGCAGCCUACAGGUCUCUCCUCGAAGCCAAUAGAGGAGAUGUGCAAGAGACGCACAGAAUGGGGAAUCAAAGAGAAAGAAUAAUAGAAAUCAAGAGGCCUUCUCUCCCCUACACCCAGAGAGCAGGCCCCUCCACCAGACAGCAUCUAGAUGUCAGGUACACGGAGCUCGCUUCCACCCUUAGGAGAUCGCCUGGGCCCGCCUCUGGAUCCAUGAGUCCCUCCAGGGUCAUCCCUAUCUCCGUCUCCCCCCGGGGCCAGCAUCAAAGUCCUGCAGCCAGGAGGGACAUGCUGUCAUUCAAUAAAGCCAGAGUUGAAACAUCUACAGCAGCUACUGCUGCAGCCACACCCUCCAAACCCGCAGCCAAGGACGAUGAGCAGAGUAGUCGGGCCAUUGGGAGAAAGGCAAAGGAAGAACAGAUUGUUAGAGUCCAAACGGUUACUCAGGUCGAGAAAACACUGAGCCCUGUGGUCUCCAACACGAAAGCCUCCGAAUCAAUGAAAACGGUAUCACCACCAAUGGUGAGAGGCGACGUUACCGCAGAGAAGGAAGGCGAAAAGAAAGUAAGAGAUGAAAUGGAGGAAAGAGUAUGUGUGAGUGAAGGCGAUUUGAAGGGAAAACGUGGGAAAGAUUUUAUGGUGGAUUCAAGCGAGAAAAAGCUUCUGGACAGCGUGACCAUGGAGGACAUCAUCAGCCAAGUGAUGCGCCCUGCAGGCAUGGAUCCCAGAGGGAGCCCAGCGGGGGACUCUCCCCUGACCUACCAUGUGGAGAAGACGGAGCAGGAGGAUGGCUCCACGAAGACGCAGAUCAUACUUGAGUCUAAGGUGGAGGAGGAGCUCGACCUCUCCCAGGACUUUGCUCUGGACGCGCUCCUCGGUGGAGGAGAGACGACCAUAUCGCUUGAGGACAUCCAGGGCACGCCCACAGGAAGCAUGAUCCAAGAGCUGCUGAGCGGCCUGCGGAGGGACGAGGGCAUGGCCAACAAGUCGGUCAAUAUCCAGAUCAUGGAGACGCCCUUGGUGGAUGACCGUAAUGACGCAGAGCAGGACUCCUCUGUGACGUACUGUCAGGUCGAAGACAUAGAGGUUGCUCCUUGUGAUGUCGAAAAAAGGCAACAAGCUGACUGUCAUACAUCGAACAUCAGCAACACAGGCACGGUUGAAUUCAUACAGGGUGACGAAUUCUCCAGGAGCUCCAAGGAGACUGAUUCGCCGUACUACGGCCAUGACGAAGGGUCUCAAGAGUAUUUUGUUUCAACACCUGAUGAAAACCUUUCCGAACUUGACGAGGGACUUGGGAUAGGGUCCUAUGGCCAUUAUGCAAACCUUGAGGAUCUAUCCGAUGAGAGAUAUUAUCAAGAUGAAGGGCUUGCGCAGCAAGGAAUGAUUGCAGAGGAAGUUGAGGAAUACGAACUGUCGAGGUUAAUGUCACCGAAUGGCUCCUAUGUCAAAGAGCGCUUCCCAGAAUGCAUCAUUGAGGAGGAAGUGCAGGUCUCACCCACGGUGCAAGACGAGGUGCUGGGGUUCCUGAAGGAGGAGUCCCUGGACCCAAAGGAACAGCUAGAGGGGGCCCUGGAUAGCCUACAGGACUCAGUGUCGGGGCCCCUGAAGGAAGAACUGGCUUACUUCACACGACUCAGUAGGGAAAGCCCUCAGAAUAUGUCAGUGGACGUCAAAAGAGUACAGCACACCAAAGAGGACGGCUCCAUGACGAUCACGGCAGAGCUAAACAUCUCUCAGAGCCUGGCCGAGUCGGGGCUGCUGGAGGAGGAAGAGGGGGAUCUCUCCGAGGAACAGAUACUGGCCUCCCUCCAGGCCUCUAACCCCGGGCUGCAGGCACUCCUCACGCAGGGCGGCGCCCAGGGGUACAGCUUCCAGAUGUCUGAAGAGCAGCAGAGCGGACACGCUGGAGGACCGGAGGACAUGGCUGCUAUGGGAGGAUCUGUGACCCAAACAACCGAGAGGUACAUCAAGCUGGGGCCGGAAGAGAGGUCCUUCACCUUCCAGAAGGAGGUAGAUCAGACGAGCUCAGGCCAUAUGCUGCAGUCGCACAUGCUGACUAGUCCUAUCGAGAUUUCUCAUGAAAAGAAAGUUGCAACAGUAUAUCUUGAAAGCUCAACAGACGAUUAAAAAAUAGAUUUGAUACAUCUCUUUUAUUUGACAGGCGAUUUCUAUUUUAAUAUGCUUCCAAUAAUUAAUACUCAAUCAAAUUAUCAUGGAUACUUAACCUAUUUUAUUUUUUACAAUUCAGUAGAAUUUAGUUCACUAGUCAUACAAGGAUGCAAUUCAUCCUUGUUUGACUAGUGCUGUAAUUGGAACUUGUGCUCCUACUGCUGUGCUUUCAUCGUAACAUACAUUUAAUUGUACCGUUGACCCGGAAACAUAUAAUCAACUAACUAUCAACUACUUUAAGACAUGUUUGGUAGUUGCUAGUUGAAGAGGUAUUGAUUACAUGAUAAGGUAUUUUUCUGUAAUAAUCACAAUAAUAAGGCACACAAGUUAAUGCCUUAUAUUACCUUGAACACUGUAGGCAAACUGAUUUAUAUGCUUGCAGUUACCAUGAUAUGAUCAAUAUAAUCACCGUUCAUAGUUGUUAGUCUUUGUAGCUUCUGGUCUUCUUUUAAUGAUAAACGCUCACUAGACAUUUUUAUUUUUGUACUAACCUAUUUGCUUGACAUAAUGUUACUUAAUGGAAGAAUUGUAAAAUUGAGAAUACAUUAUAAAAAGGGUAUUUCAUGUGUAUUCAUCGUACAUAGUUGAGCUCGGAUGCAGAUCAUAGUAAACUAUUGACAAACAAGCCAGUGAUUUAUCCAUUGUCGUAUGGUUAUGAUUAUAUAAUUAUAUCACUGAUUAUUAGACUGAAAGGGAAUAGUUGUGCAGGAGAGGCAUUGAUCUGUUAAAGACAAUUAUUAAAGAGGAUGCUCCUACCUUUGCUGUCAGAUAAAAACAUCGCUCUUAUAUAACAAUUUGGUCUAAAUAUUGAUUCAACUUAGUUUAAAAGAGUACAAAAAACAGAUAUCAUGGAAAAACAUGAAAAAGUGUUUGAAGAGCUCGUGGGUUAAUUACAGAAGGUUGAUGGAUGACAACACAUUAAUUAAUUUCUGAAGCAGUUUUGUGUGGAACUUUCACUUUAUAUGGUGAUGGAAUGCUUUGACGUGUGUCUGCUGAAGUGUGUGUUGGGGCUCACUGUUACUAUGAUAGGUGUUUGUUUCACCCUUAUGGUUAUUCCUGGAUUAACAAAGGAUCAAUUAGCAAAAAGACAAGCUGUGGCUUCCAUUUAGUUUUAUGUAUUUCAUGUCAUGAACUCACAUUCUCCUCUAUUAUAGCAAUGUGUUUUGAUUUUACUUAGCUGCAUCAUGAUCAUGAACUUCACAGAACACUAGUUAGGGAUUAUGUGGAACUGAAAAGGAAAAAAUCCCACAGUAGGGUUAAUUUGCUGUUUCGAUCCAUUUGACAUACCAUUGACAUACCAUUGCUUUAAAGGAUAUUUUAUUGCUGUAAAGGGAUGUUUUCCAUUCUAGUGCCAACAAAUGUAACAAUAUUUGACAUUAAACAAAAUGCAAUAAUGAACAAACGGGAGAGUUAUUUGUGUUUUCAUUUAAAAUGCAAUGCCAUUUCAGUGCUGUAUAAUCUGGAAAUGUUGCUAUUUCUGACGUUUGAACAAACAAACAGAAUAAAGCAGCAUGUAAAGCAUGUGUAUCACUGUUAAUUUGAAUGCUUUAGUAACCCAUUCACUGUAUCAAUUAUUGAAAUGAUUAGAGAGAAAAGUAUAAAACUUCUUCUCUCUGUGCUUUGAAAGCAAAUAAAAAUGUAAAGUUACAGUUUGAAGUGCUCCUUUAUUGUG